AGCACCCGCACCCACGUGUGCGUGGUCAUGUAUGAUGCCUGCAGCUUCGCUUUUCUCCUGUCUCCUUGCUAACAACGUGAGCUGUUCGUGACGAGGGGAGAGCUCUACGCAUCAGAGGAGGUCAGAGGAGAGAUGGAGUCGCCCACUCCUCCACCGCCUGCAGCAGAGGCCGGACAACCACAAGGCAGGAAUGGCGGAGGGAACAGCAGCUGCAAGCCCCUCUGGGUGGACGCAGAGCUCUCCGUAUACGUGGGGAACCUGGACCCGGAUACCUCCGUGGAGGACAUGGAGGAGCUCCUCUAUGAGCUCUUUCUACAGACCAUCACGGAAAUGGCGUCAAACUCUGUGGACGAUAGUACGGUGCUACCACACACCACUGAUGGCACCACUGAUGCAACUGAUGGUGGUAGUGGUGCAGACCGGAAUGGCUCCCAAAUUGAGCUAGAGAGACAAUCCCAGUCUGGUAGUGGUCUCUUUUCUGGUGUGUCUGACAACAAGCGCAAUCCGUUCACUGACAAUAGUGUGGUACCCCACCCCAGUGAUGACCAAAUGUGUAGUGUUGUGGUAGACCUCCAGGACCAAACUGGUGGUGACAAUGGUAUGGCACCCUACCGCAGUGAUGACCAAAUGAGCAGUGGUAUGGCACUCAGUGGUGACCAAACGGGCAGUGGUAUGGCACCCUACUCCAGUGGCAACCAAAUGACCAGUGGUGUGGUGCAUUUCUCGGACGAUGAGCAACCAGACAAUGGUAUGGCACCCCACACUAGUGAUGACCAAAUAAGGAACGGUCUUGUACUCUUCCGCAAUGAUAGUUAUUUCGAUGAUGAUUCCCAGUACCAUGACGACAGUGGAUACGUAAGCUCUACUUUGCUGCGAAAACAUGCCAGAUUUGAGACCGACGCUGACGAAGACGACCAUGACGAACCGUACCGUGAUGGUCCCUCUCACCCGCCCCCUGAGGUGCCACUAGACUACCACACCGAACUACAACCGUUUGGUCAACCGCCCACAAAGCUCCACCGAUCCCGUCUCAGUAGUAGGGACCACCUCUCCCGCGAGACCAGACGAAACACAAUGUACCACCGCUCUCGGUUGCAGCGACUACAGGACACCAUUGGGCAGCUGAAGGAGGCUAUAAUUGUAGAGAAAUCCAACUCCCCCCUUCACUCCACUACUUCCACUCACCAAUAA